CAAGCUUCGAAACGCUGAAAAAAAAACAAUAAAAUUUUUAAAUUUUAAAAAGCUAAACAAUGUUUAGCUUUGACGCUACAUUAAUUUAAGAUGGAGUUCCAGCCGAAAUUAUACCACGUGACCUCAUUUGACGCUCUAAGCCAGCGUCGAGCGUCACCAUGAAAUUGCACCUUGAGUGUGAAAAUAAGCGUUCACACGGUGUUGAUGUUGCAACCACACUUAAGUAUUUUAUAGCUACAGUCGACAAAUAAGGGUAAUCAGAUUCGAGCGAUUUCCAAGUUACAAUCAGGUUAGGAUUAGUUUUCCAGUCUACUGUAGAUCGAUUAAUAAACUGCAUAAGUUCGAUAGGCAGACCGCCUGCUUCAUCACUGUCAGCGACUUGAAUGUUGUGUUGCACAGCGUCGUCUAAAAAAUCCCACAGAUCAUUACUACCUGAAGAUGGUUGAUGAUCUGUAAGAUUAUUUUCGCAGGUAAUCACAAGAGUUUUCGAUGACUUAAUUUCUUUUUUCAAAAUUUCACCUAUACAGACAAGAUUUCAAUAACAUAUUAAAAUCAUAUACAAAUGAAAAUAAAAAUUUUCUCAAAUAUUUGAAUUGAACGAAAUCCGAUUGAAUGCGAACGCACAGAGAGCGCUAAAUUUAAAAUAUUUUCAUAAUGAAAUAUAAAAUUACUUUGGGCCAUUUUUUAUUUAAUAUAUUGAUGCUAUAGUGUUAUUACUCCGGCAUUAAAAUAAAUUAUAGACUCGAUCACUAAGAAUCGAUUCUAGAUCGAUUCUGAUAACUGGAAAUCGAGUCUAAAUAAUCGAGUUUUUUGACCACAGAAUCGAUUCUCGGGUAGAAUCGGAAUCGAUUUUACCAUCCCUAACAAGUUGUCUCAAUACAAUACAUAAUAGUAGUACACGUGCCGCUGUUUAGUCACUUGCAAGUAUUUGUAAACAUUACACUAAGUUAUCGUUUUUUCUACUAAAUAAUUGUUUUAGUGCGUUAAUUUUAAUAGUUCAAAAGAAUGUCUACCUCAUCACCGUCAACUCUCACAAACAUCCCCGCGAUGCUCUCUACAUUACCAUCCAUCAACUCUCCUCUCCCCGACGGCGACCCUCUUCUUUACCACGCGGCUCACCAAGGAAACUUGCCCCUAAUUCUUGACCUCCUCACCCACCAAGCGGACAUAAACGCCCAAGGAUUCUCAGGUCCAGCUUUGCACGAGUCAAUCCUCCAAGGCCACGACUCAAUCACCUCUUACCUCCUCCAGGAGGGCGCUGACCUCAAUCUUCAGUCACUAAACGUCCUCCAGGCUGGUUUCUCCCCCCUCAACACCGCGAUCUUGUCUUCCAACACUUUCGCAACAGAACUUCUACUCAAAAUGGACGCAAACUUACUCUCCAAGGACUCAGAACUCAACACUCCCCUCCACAUUGCAGUCAAAGAAGAGAACUACGCCCUAACUGCCCUACUCUUAUCUUCCGGAGCUUCUAUGACCUCCAUUAACUCAAACCAAGAGACGCCAUUUUGUCUAGCAGUAGAUUCUGGGAAUUUAGAGCUUAUAGAGCUGUUUAUCAACAAAGGAGUCUUUAAAUUCGCACCUAGAUUGCUGAAUGAUUCGCUAAUUCGCGCUAUUGAUACUGGAAACGUCUCCGUGCUUCAACUAAUGCUCCUCAACGGCGCUGAUGUCAAUUUUGUGUCUUCUUACAAGUGCUAUACUCCAUUGCACCAUGCAGUAGUUGCAAAUAGCCUUCCAAUUGUUGAAUUCUUGCUCCAGAAUGGCGCUGAUGCUUCAGCUCGGACUGAAAGCAAUUCACUUGCGAUUUUCUUCGCUGCUCACCGGAAAAACGAGCCUAUCUUGGAUCUGCUGCUGGAGAAGCAUGCAACAAUUGGUACAGAGGGUGCUAAACUGUUGUACGAAGCUGUGAUGGAGAAUAGCGUGCUUCUGAUCAAGAAAGUCUUAUCCUAUAAGAGCUACAAUUUAAAUGUUGAUGGAUUUGCGCCUGAUUUGACCAACAUGAGGCUUCUAGAAGCAGCCAUUGUGCAUAACAAGCAUGACGGCGUCAGAGGAUUGAUAUUCUCUGGAGCUGAUGUUGACCUGACUGAUUCCAGAGGUGUAACUUUCUGGGACCUGGCGUUUGAACAAAGGAACUUUGAUUUCUUGAACACGGCUGAAUUAUAGCGGAGGCUUCUAUCAUUUUCGGUCAAGAAGAGCGUUGUACCUUUCUAGAUUGGAGAGGAUGAUCCAGGUGAUGGAAACGGAGAGACCCGGAGGUUGGAAGAUUGAUAGGCAGCUAAGGAAUCAUUUGAUUAGAAUGAAGUGCUGUGGAUUCUUUGAACACAGUCGGUAUGAUGAGCUGACUAAAUGUUAUGGAACGAGGGAACGUCAUAAUAUAGUGCAGGGUUGUCAUUGGGAAUUGAAGAAGAUCAAGGGUGAAAGGCUGGAGGGAGUUUCUAGGUGGGAGCUGCUGGAAAUGGAUGACAGGAGGCUUGGGAUCUGGAGUCGCAAAGUUAGGAUUGAUAGAAUUGGGAGGUUUGAUAAGUUUCGGUACUUUAGGGAUUGGCUUGAUGAUUGCAGUCGAAGAGGGGAAAGAAGACGGAGGCUGAUUGAGAUGCUGCAAGAGUGUUAUUGGGAGAUAUUGAAGAUUGAGUUUGAUUGCUUGGGAGGGGUUGUGGAGUUUUUGGAUAAUGAUGAUAUUAGGAAUUUGAUUUUUGCUUGUAAUGGUCAAGGGCAAUGAUGAAGUUAAAGUAGAGUUAAAAGGUAAUUCAUCUAUAUCAUGUUUAGUUAUCACGAGAAUUUAAAUUGCGUGAAUAUAGUUUGUCUAUAUUUUCAGGCUUAUGAUAUAUUUGACCAAUCACGUUACGAAUAAAUUGGCUUCACAUAUAUGUCAUCUUAAUUUUAUACGGAGUAAGAAAUCGAUUUCUUAAAAUUAUUUUUAAUGAUUUUGUU